AUGUUUCGCAAACACGACAAAGACAAGGGAACCAAAAAGGACUCCAACUCAAAGCGACCAAUGACUGACGCCGCAAAGGGCGGCCGCCCAGGCAGCCUCGACGCCUCCCAACAGCAGGCUCUCGACACCUUCCGUACCACCAUCCAGGAGAAGGGCAUCUUCAAUCCAGAGCGACACGACGAUGCCUGUCUCUGCCGCUUCCUUCGUGCCCGUAAAUGGGACCUCGCAGCUACCGAGGCCAUGUUCAGCGAAUCUGAAAAGUGGCGCACCGACUUCAAGGUAGAAGAGCUCUAUCAUUCCUUCGAGUACCCCGAGAAGGAGAAGGUCGACCAAUACUACCCACAGUACUAUCACAAGACCGACAAGGAUGGUCGUCCCAUCUACAUUGAACAGCUUGGCAAACUUGACCUCAAAGCCCUUUACCAGGUAACAACUCCAGAACGCCAGAUCCAGAAGCUCGUAGUCGAGUACGAAAAGUUCCAGCGAGAACGACUCCCGGUCUGCUCCGCUCACAAGGGAGAGCUCGUCGAGACGUCGUGCACCAUCAUGGAUCUCAAGAACGUCGGCGUCUCCCAGUUCUGGAAGGUCUCGGGCUACGUCCAGCAGGCCUCCAACAUCGGUCAGCACUAUUACCCUGAGACCAUGGGCAAGUUCUACAUCAUCAACGCCCCUUACAUCUUCACCACCGUCUGGUCCGUCAUCAAGGGCUGGCUCGACCCCGUCACCGUCGAAAAGAUCAAGAUCCUUGGUCACAAGUACCAAGACGAACUUCUCCAGCAGAUCCCCGCCGAGAACCUCCCCGUCGACCUUGGAGGAAAGUGCGAAUGCCCCGGCGGCUGCUCGCUUUCCGACGCCGGCCCCUGGAACACCGACGAAGGUCGUCAGAUCAUCGAAAAGGUGCGCGCAGAAGAGAAGCAGAAGAGAGCACAGCACGAGAAGGAAGGGUCCGUGGCAGCACCUGCUGCUGCCGCCGCUGAGAACGGCUCGGCAGCCGCCUAG